CGAUAAGUGUCCGAAAUUGUUUUGUGAGCACCUUAGAAGGGGCCACAAAGUAUUUUAAAUUUUGAUACGUGAUCUUAUAGUACGCUUUGCACGGAUUCUCCCAGAAAAUUGAUUCUGGAACAAAUUUAAUUCAAAUUACGCGCCAUAAAUAUGCAACCGUACGACAUAAAAAUCCUAAAAGCCAAAAAACGUCACUUUUGACAUUCAAGAUUAACCAAACUCUCCGUUUUGUUUACAUUUCUCAAAAAUGGACGAGAAGAAAUUUCUGAAAAAUGUGUCCGAUAAAGAGGUCCCCGGGGGGCGUCUCCAGUCCCUUAAACUUCCCCGCGACUUGAGUUUAGGAAUCGCCAAACCGAAGAAACAAUACACACCUAACCUCAAUGUUGUCAGAAAUAAGGACAAAACGAAGGAAUUUCUCAAGAAAAUGGACCAAAAACGCAAGGAUCGGACCGGGCAUAAAGUGCGGCACGAUAAGCAGGACCACAAGCCUAAAUUUGUGCAGUCUACUGGGGUUUUUUCACAAGGAACGGGUGAAAUUAAAAGGCUGACCCCCCAUAAUUCUGAGCCGAGGGUCAGUUUUAGGAAUAGUAGUACGGUCUCGAAUUUGGUUUUACCAACAAUUAAUAGGAAUUCGUGGACUGUGAAUAAAAAAGCCGAAGAGGCGGUUUUAGAUGAGUUGGCAAACUGUGAUAUUGAUAGUGAUGAGGAGAAAAUGUCUUUUAAGCCUUUGACAUUGUCGCUGGAUUCUGUCAGAAAGGUUAAAAAAGAGGUGAAUGUAAAGAAAGAGGAGGAUUUGGAGUUUGUACCUGAACCCUUUAACAGUGAUUAUAGUGAGGAAAGCCCAGCUUUAGCUUUAGUUAAAUUGCCAGAUUCUUUUGCUGGCAAAGGCCUAAGUGACGAUCCUAAUGUUAAAAAAUUGUUCGAUUAUACCCUCAAAGACAUGCUUGAAGGCCAAAUUGGCAAACUAGUUAUAAGAAAGUCAGGCAAAAUGGAAGUACAUAUAGGUAGGAUAAAGUAUGAGUUGAGUCCUGAAAGCACAUUUGAGUCUAAAGAAGAGUUAGCUACGAUAACAGAAGGCCCCAAUGGUGAAAAUUGUAUAGCAAUAUUAGGCAAUGUUUUAAAUAAUUUUAUCAUGUUUCCUGACUUUGAAUCACUAUUGAGUAAAAAAUAAUUGUACUAUUUUUUGUAAAUAAAUUACUUACGCAAUUGU